AACCUAACCCUAGUCACACCUCGAACCCUCUAUAAAAUACACCGAAAACUUGAAGGCCAUACUCACAAGGGUAAUUCCUUACUUUUUUUGGUUAAUUCCGUUUAUACCUCAAAAUCUAGGGUUUCAGUAUGGCUUCCGCCGAUUUCGAGUACCGUUGCUUCGUCGGUGGCCUGGCUUGGGCUACCACUGAUCGUACCUUGGAGGAGGCCUUCAGCGCCUACGGCGAUGUCCUUGAUUCGAAGAUCAUCAACGAUCGUGAGACUGGUAGAUCCAGAGGUUUCGGAUUCGUUACCUUCCGUGAUGAGAAGUCUAUGAGGGAUGCUAUUGAGGGAAUGAACGGUCAGAAUCUCGACGGCCGCAGCAUCACCGUCAACGAAGCUCAAUCCCGCGGAAGUGGUGGAGGUGGAUAUGGCGGUGGUGGACGCCGUGAAGGUGGAGGUGGAUAUGGCGGUGGUGGACGCCGUGAAGGUGGAGGCGGUGGAUAUAACCGUGGAUACGGUGGUGGACGCCGUGAAGGUGGAGGAUACGGUGACGGUGGUUCUAGGUACUCUAGAGACGGAGGAGCUUCCCAAGGUAGCUGGAGGAACUAGAUCUAGUGUUAGGGUUUGAGCUUGCUUGAUGGUUGUUAUGUUAAAUUUGGUUUGGAUCAUGUAGUUUUCAAUUUUCUUCAUGCUGUUCUGCUCCGUUAUUUUGUGAAGUAUACUUCUUUUCAGUAGUAUUUUGCAAUCAUCUCGAUGUUACUUAUUUUAUUAUUACCCAAUAUUAUAAUUAUUUUCGA